AUGGCGUCGAAUCCGUCUGGCUCUGUUGGGGCUGCAUCUGGGCCUGGCAAUGGUGCGACCUCUGGCGGCCCUUCGUACGCGGCAGCUGCAGCUUCGGGGCAGGACGCUGGGCCGUCUUCUGCGCCGCCAAAGAAGAAGAAGACGCACAGAGGCGGCAAGAAGAGGCGCAACCGUCGCCAGUCAUUCGCAGCAGGAACAGAACUGGCACAGGGCGAUUCUAUGGAUGAACGUCCAUCUCUGGCCAAUGUCGCCAGCCAUGGCCAGUCGCGAGGAAGCAACGGCUUCUACCGCACGCACAGCAACCUCAGCAACACGAGCCUCGAGAGCGAGGCCUUGCUGGACCACCGCGAGCAACCCACGAUCCGGACGCGUCGGCCCAGCGUGCCCGCAGGGUCCAUGUACCAGCCACGAGUAAGCCAGUCCAAUGCCAACCCUCCUCCGCGCUUCCAACCCAGAUCGCCAAAUGCUACCUUUGGUCGGUCGCGGCUUUCGCACACGCCCGAGCAGGCUGAACAGAGUGAUGGCGAUGAUUACAUGGACGACAGAACACCCCUCAUGACGUCGUCAGUACGCGACAUCAGGGUAGGGACAAGCUAUGGGUCCAGUAGCAGGGCACGAAGAGCGAGCAAGACGUCUCUACCGAGUCCCAAGCGCAUGACCAUGCCUGAACAUAGGCCCGACAUGUUUACCCAACACCAUCACUCUGCGACUAACCUCAACGACUAUGAUGUCAACAACCCCCCAUCGGUUCCGACCAGUCCGACCUUUGAGGCCAGCGCCGGCCUGGACGAUGUCAUGCUUCCAACCGACCUAGAUCAUUUGUCUGAUACCGAGAGGCCCCAUAGCUCGUCUCACGAUGCAUUGAUCGAUAUUGACGGGGACGUUCACGCUGGCUCGCCACCAACCCCUGGCGGAUUCAGACGGCGCAUGACUACCACCGCACUUGAAGAUGUCUGUUUCCCACACGAGGCCAUGUCUGAAAUGGGUCACGAGGAUUACAUGAACACCCCAACGACUGGCGAGCCCACGAGCCGUCGGAGACGCCGUCGCUGGCCUGAUCUCGAUGUAUUGCAGGCUUGGGCGCAUGAGGAGAAGGAACAGCGGACCAUCGAGGGUAUGCGCAUGCGCAAGGUCAGCGAACCAUUGAUGGUAGAAGGCCGACUGCGUCCGAAACGGCGUGUCUGGCACCGCGAGGCGAGCGACGCUCCCUACCGGUUCACCUACUUUAACGAAACUUUUGACAACACGAUUCAUAGCCAGAGUAUCAGCGAGCUCCUCCAACCUGGGCAGAACUUCAGGAACCUGUUCGUCCCUGAUCCCCCAGUUUUGGACGAUGACAGCGAUUCCGAGUCCGAUGCCGAGGACGAUAUGCUACACUCUGGUGCCAACGGACACACUUCACGGGCAACAACACGAUCAACUUCAAAGGGCGAGAGCAAAAACUCUUCGGGUGAACAGACUCGGUCCACAACACCACGCCCUGUUCCAUCCAAGCCUAGUGAAGAGAAGCCGAAGCGUUAUGGCCCUCGACCCGCCUGGUGGCUGGAUGUCAUGUCGCCAACGGAGACGGAAAUGAAGGUCAUUUCUAAGACGUUUGGCAUCCACCCGCUGACAUCGGAGGAUAUCUUGAUGCAAGAGCAGCGUGAAAAGGUAGAGCUUUUCAAGCACUACUACUUCAUCAACUACCGGACUUUCGAGCAAGACGAAAAUAGCGAAGACUAUCUAGAGCCCGUCAACCUCUACGUGGUCGUGUUCAGAGAAGGCGUCAUAAGCUUUCACUUUUCCAUGACACCCCACCCUGCCAAUGUCCGUCGUCGUAUUCGUCAACUUUCGGAUUAUCUUGUGCUAUCACCUGAUUGGAUCUCAUAUGCCAUCAUCGACGAUAUCACGGAUGCAUACGCGCCCAUGAUCCAGAAGAUUGAAGAAGAAGUUGACGACAUCGACGAGGCGAUAUUACGUCUUCACUCUAGCGAAGAGGAGCAAGAGGCAGAGAAGGAAAAAUCCUACAGCUACAACAACCCGCAUUACAAGGAGCCACCUGAGAUCAAGUCGCAGCAGGAAAGUGGACGAGACAUGUUGCGCCGGGUUGGCGAGUGCAGGAAGAAGGUUAUGAGUCUCUACCGCUUGUUGGGCAACAAGGCCGACGUCAUCAAGGGUUUCGCGAAGAGGUGUAACGAGCAAUGGGAUAUCGCUCCUCGCAACGAGAUUGGCAUGUAUCUUGGGGAUAUCCAGGAUCAUAUUGUUACCAUGACGGGUAACUUGAGUCACUACGAGAAUCUCCUUUCGCGUGCUCACAGCAACUACCUCGCCCAGAUUAACAUUCGGAUGAAUGAACGUCAAGAGAAGACGUCUGACAUCCUGGGUAAGCUUACCGUGCUUGGCACCAUCGUCCUACCGAUGAAUGUUGUGACUGGUAUCUGGGCUAGUCUCGUUCCCGGUCAGGAUAUCGAGAACCUCAACUGGUUCUGGUGCAUUACUGGAGGCCUCAUUACCUUUGGUCUGGCAUGCUACUUUAUUGCCAAGCGCGUCUAUGGCAUCGUCUAA